AACAGCUGCACAAGAGAAGAAGAAGAAGAAGAAAAGGAAGAAGAAGAAGCAGCAAGAGUCGAUCAAGAAAAUAUGAUUCACACAAUCAAUUAAUGGAGUCGCCGACGAGCUGCUCUCCAGCAAAAAACUGCUAAAUGAACAACCAGCCGCUGCUCACAUCACACUUUCUCUUCAUUAAUCCGGAAACCGUGAGUUGACAAAUUUGUCCACCUUCAGAGGAUAAUGCCAAGUCAGUCGCUGUUGCCGUUUGUGGAGAGUCCAGAUGGACUUGGACAAGACAUUUUGAUUAGUAACAGUGCAGACAUCCCUGGGUCUGGCUCCAGCAUGACUCCAUAUACCAUCUGCAUAGAUAAGCCUGUGUUGCAGUCUGUUGAAGGCCUACCUCUGUCUUGUAUGUUCUGUGACAAGACGUUUACUGACCAGGAGGAGCUGGGGCCACACGUGUUAACACAGCACCCCACCACUUUGUUUGAACCGACUGUGCUUCGUGUUGAUGCGGAGUUCAGGAUCCCAGGAGAGAGGUCUCGACCAAAACAGAGUAGCCUCACUGUUGAAAAGGAAGAGGAUCACAGCUGUAUAGUGUGUGGUCAGGUAUCACAAGAUGCCAUUGAACUGGAGACUCACCUGAGGAAGCACAAAGAUUACUUUACUUACUGCUGCAAUGUUUGUGGGCGGCGAUUUAGGGAACCAUGGUUCCUUAAGAACCACAUGAAGAUGCAUGUAAGCAAGUCAGGACCAAAGAGCAAGGCCCUGCUAGACCCGGAGGCACCAGCCACAAUCAACGGUGUUACCCAGGAGCCCACAGAACCUGGAGUCACCCUUUACAAAAUGUGCAUGGUCUGUGGGUUUUUCUUCCCUGACCAAGACAGUUUGCUCGAACAUGCUAAGAUACACAAUCGGGAGGUGGAACCAGGCAGAAAUAAACACAAGGAGAACACUGAUGCUUUAACUGCAUCCUCUGCCACACAGGAAACAUUUCUUCACGGCCUCAAACUCCUGCCUCACUCACAAGGAAGUGGUUUGCAACCAGAGAGAUCAUCAAAAUGGAUCGCUCAACUCGACUCCUUUGUCACAUAUCAGGCCUGGCAGCUUGCUACAAGAGGCAAGGUCGCAGUCUGCCCCAAUAAUGCUAAAGACGCUGGUCAGGAGACCAGCACAGAUAACGAAGAAUGUGGCUCUGAUAAGGAGGAGCUGAAUAAUUGCACUGAGGCACAAGGAGACAAGGAUGUGAAAGAAGUCUCUGGAAGAGAGCAACAGACUGCAGCUGAAAACCCACGGCCAGUGCGGCGGUCUCUCAUUCAAAAAGCCAAGGACAAAGUUCGUCCGACCACUUGUGAGGAUUGCCAUAAAGCCUUCAGGACGUACCACCAGUUAGUUCUCCACUCCAGGGUGCACAAGCGUGAGAAGGCUGGUGAAGAGAUCCCCACUUCUUCUGCUGAUGGGAAAUUGUCACAGGUCAGCUCGCUAGAGCACGCAGAGGAUGGCGGUGAGGAGGGAGUCGACGACGCAGCGCUGACGGAGAACAUAGGUGCAGGUGAAGAUGUUUUUGACCAAUCUAAAGCCAAAUCAAAAGCCUGCAGUUUUUGUGGUAGAUCAUAUCGCUCAAGUUAUUAUCUCACCAUCCAUCUGAGGACUCACACAGGUGAAAAACCAUACAAGUGUCCUUACUGUGACUAUGCUGCAGCACAAAAGACUUCACUGAAAUAUCAUAUUGAUCGCCGUCACAAGAAUAGACCUUACACGCACAUCCCCAGCAGACCUGUGUCAUCUCCGAAUGACGAAGAGCACGGAGAUAGCACUGAAAAUCCUGCCCCCAGCGGAUCCAAACUUUGGCUGCCAGGGGCCAGUUUAUGCACUAAUGGAAAACUAGAGGACAAAUUUGACAGCAUCGGUAGCAAACCUGAGAAGUCACUUGUUCAGAUUAAUUCUGAGUGUGAGAAGUUAAUUCCAAAGUCUGAAGAUGCAUUGGUAAAAUGCCCUGUACCAGUUAACCUGAAGAUGGAAAGUAAGGGGCUAAAAGAUGAGGACUCUGAGGCCCCAUUAAAUCUGUCCUUAAAAGUGUCUCUGUCCAUAUCUGCUGUUGACGAACCCAGGAAUGCCUUAAUUCCAACUGUCUGUUCGUUGUGUUCAUAUAAAACCAUUUAUCCAGAAGUUUUGACCAUGCACAAGAAGCUGACUCAUAAAGACAAGACUGACAGUCACAAAAAGAAUAGUUUUGUAGGUAGCUGGAGACAAAAACGGUACACCGGCUGUCCUCCUGCCCUUUGCGGGAAAGAUGUCGCCCCGCUUCCAGUAUUUGUCAGGAGCCACCCACGCCGAACAAAGUCCCCGACCCCUCAGCCUGUGAAACCACAAGAGAACCCGGCACCCUCUAACCCACCUCCUGCUCCAAAACAGUCGCCUGCCCUCUUACUGCCCCAGGAAGCUGUCUGGGAGACACAGCGAUGCAAACAGAAGGUUGAACCUCACAGCGACCAGGAAUCCUCAAGAUAUACCGAGCUCAUGAAGAACUCCAACAUGGGUAGGAAGCAUGUAAUGUAUAGACCAACAGCAAGACCGGGAAAUGGGGGCAGGAGUUACCCAGUGAGAGGCGGCAUCAUUUGGCCCUCUGAUGCGGCUAGGCUGUGUCUGUCAAGUCCCUUUGGAAGACUCCCGCAAAUUGAUUUUGGGGAACCAUCAUUCAAAAGGUUAAAAUACUGUUCACCUUCAGCAAAGGAGCCCGACACGGUGGAGAAACCUGGCUUCAGAGUUCCAGCAGUGGAUGGAGGGAGAAGUGCUAAUACUACAGUGCAGGAGCCGUGUCCAUCCACCGCUGCCGGGCCUUUAGAUCCUGUGAAGAGCAUGACUACAAGUGUUGGAGGAGGAUUAGACUCUGAUUGGAACAUGAUGACGACACUUCUGCAUCCGUACACACCCACUGACCUGGCAACACUCUAUCACAGCGCACCGACGAAUAUCAGUCAAGGAGGGCGGGCUAAUCCAAGAGCAGGUCUUUCCCAAGGAGUCCGAACUGUGAUGUACCCACACUUGCCCGCUUUUCCAAAUCUGCAGAGGAGAGACUCAUCGGGCGCGUUCUCUCAUCACCACUACGGUGCCACGGACAAAACUACCUGAAACCACGGUAACAUACAUGUUGUAUUGGUCGUUAUACACAUACAGUAUUGUCCAUGUGUAUGUUUUCAGUCUGUGGCCAGAAUCUCUGUAUUAUUUGGUUUGAUACACUUUUUUUAAAAUUUAAAAUAUGAUCAGCUUCAUUUAUAUUGUUUAGGGCUUUUUUUUUUAUUGUUUUCCUUUGAGAUUGAAAACUGUGCUGCUACUUUUUUUUUUUUUUGAGAAUUUAUUUUGAAAACCUGUUGUUGAAUAAGUGAGAUGGUUUGUGUGUAAAAUGUGUAACAGGUUCCUCCACUUUAUUUACUGCAGAUGGGAAAAUUACGCAGAUAUUUCAGAGCUCGUGCCUUCUGUAAUUAUACUUUUUAUUUUAUGAGAGUGCAGAUAAUCUCUUUUGGAAAAUAUUCCACUGGUUUGCACGGUGCCAUUUUCUUUCGGUUCAUUCUGUAUUUGUUGAGCCACACUAAUGUUCAUUUACUUGUUCUGAAAUCCACUUUUGCAUGAAAUGAUAAACUUGUCAAUAAACAUUCAGUCUAUUAAGUACAAAUGCAAGAAAACUAAUGUGUGAAGAUUUGCUGCCCUGCUCAGUUGCCCUUGUUACAAAGGCAUCAUGCAGACUGUACUGAAGCACGAUUGUAUUUUCUUCAUUUUUUUGUUUUCUCACCUCCCCAAAGUACUGAUGUGUGGGGAAUUUUUGUGUGGAAUAAGUUGAUGUCUUCAGUGGUUUACAAACGGGCCACGGUAACAUGUUCCAUGUAUCUUGAAGUGGUCUACCUCAGAUGGCGAUCGAGACACACUGUUAUUUUUGUAAAGCUGCUGUAGCUAUCAUGUCAGCUGAGCCUCUGUACCUAGUUUGUAUUUCCGAGAGCGACGUUUGGAGAUUAUCUGGUGAAACGCAGCAGCUACUGCUGAGACCAUAUUUACCUGUGAUACGUAACUUCAGUCUGAGAUGUAAAUUUCUUUAUAUUUUUAAUAUUGGUAGGCUGAGGACUAAAGGAAGAAACAGAUUUUUGUUUGAUGUGCAUCUCUGCAUAUCUUUAAUCUGACAAAAAUAUCAAAUCAUCCUGGGGUUGACUGUAUUUGUGUAUUAAAGGGCAAGUUGCCUUAAUGUAUUAGUUGCAUUGUUAGCAAUCAACCUUGAUUAGCUUUUGACACCACACCUUUGAAAAUUGCAUAAUGACAAAAAAUAAGGUUUUUUGGGGAGGGUGGAAUAAAUGAGUGUCAGUAGAGCUCUGAAUUCUUUUUUCUUUAAGGUCUGUGUGUGUGUGUGUGUGUUUGACCCCCCCCCAAAAAAGUGAAAUAACCCUAUAAAUGCAAUGCUGUACUAUUUGGACUGCAUAUUUGGUCAUUAGUCAUCAAUUUGCUUUUAGUGUGCAGAAUCCUAAAAGUAUUAAAUUUUUCCAUGAGUCCCAGCUUAUGCAUCUGGUUUAAAUAUAUAUAUAUAAAAAAGCAGCUGUAAUGAAUGGCUCAUACACUGUAAAGGUGAAUUCUCAGGUUAAGUCGUAUAUGCAGGCUAUUAAGAUAUUCUGUUGUGUAAUAUGGCAUUUUUGCCACUUUGAAAAAUUGGGCUUUAAGUUAUUUUUGGUUAUGGUGUUAUUAUGUGUGUGUGUCUGUUAAAAAAAAUUGUUUAUGAUUUAUUUGACACAUUUCAAUAAUAAAGGUGAUAAGUA